AUGCCGGGUCCUUUGUCAUCGCGGGGCACCGGCUCCUCCAGCACCUUCCGCAGCUUCAGCGCCACCCAUUGGUUCUUGGUGCUUUGUGUUUGCUUGGCCUUGCUUCCAGGCAAGGCUGCAGCAUUUGGUGCCGGCAACAUCCCGUCCAUCGCUCAGGUUGAAGGCCACAACUGGCGCCAUGGCGACAUUGAAGACAUGCUCGCCAGCAUUGCUUUCUUGCAGGGCAAGAAAUGGUCCUCCAUGCUGAUCAAGCGAACCUAUUUCGGCAACUGGCUGCGCGAUUACUCCCAGGCGGUUGAUGUCGGCAGCCUGAAAGGUGUAAAUGCCGCCACGAUCCGCAUCCUGGUCUGGGUCUUGUCCUUCAUGGCCUUUGGCUACGCGACGGAAGAAUUCGAAGUCACCGAAGAACGUCUCGGCUGCUACCGCCCGGAGGAGCACAUUGACAACCCUCUCGGCUACGCCGACGGCGUCGAUGCGCGCAAGUUCGACCCUCGCCUGCGCGGCCCCGUCGAGCCCGUCGAGACGGAGAUUGACAUGAGGACGGGCAUGAAGAACUACAUUGCCAACGAGACGGGCCGGUGGGCCACCAGCGCAGGCUACGUCCGCUUCAGCUUCGCCCGCAGCAUCCAUUUCGGCCGGCUCUACACCUGCGGCGAGCGCGGCAAGGGCAAGGACGAGAACCUGUGCGAGGCCCUCCGCUGCCUGGGCCAAGCCCUCCACUGCCUGGAGGACUUUGGCGCGCACAGCAACUACUGCGAGCUGGCCCUUCGGGAGCUCGGCUACCGCAACGUCUUCCCCCACUGCGGGACGCAGACCGAGAUCAGCAUCCACGGCAAGAGGAUCUACCCCAUCGUCACCGGCACUUUCGGCGCCGUCGACUUCCUGCACUCCGUCAUCGGCGAGGCCAACGACCACUUCACCCAGUCCGAGGUGGACGAGGUGGACGUUGCGCUCAAGAACGCCGAGGGCGCUCGGGGCGGCCCGGUCGCCGCCGCCGGGGACCGGGGGCUCUUUGACGGCUCCGCCUCUACCGACUUCAUCUCGCUGCUGUCCAAAGUUCCCGAUCUCGGCAUGGGUUUCGCCGACGAGGCGAGGGAGCUCAAGGCCGCGUCGGACGCCCAGGAGCGCGAGAACGAGCAGCGCCCGCGCGCCGACAACGUCAACGUCGUGCCCGGCAUGAGCCCCGACUUCGACCCCGUCAAGACCGCCAGGCGAAUCUACCCCAUACUGGUCUUCCGCGACAAGAUUGUCAAGGCCAUCAGCCGCGGCAUCGCCAAGGUGCCCGGGCUCGAGAAGCUUCUCGAACACAUCAGCGAGACCCUGACGGCGUUUGUGCUGGGCCUGCUCGCCCCUUUCAUCCGCCCCAUUAUCAAGUCAGUCACCAAGGUCCUGAAGGACGGAUCGUCCGGCGUCAUCACUGCCAGUUCCAAGUCCCAGCUGGAGCCGUGGGAGAACAGCCGAUGCUCGGAUCCCACCCACUCCAUGCUUUCCAAAGAUCACUUUACCAACGUGCUCAACUCUUGCGCCGGUCGAGUUGCCGCUACUAUCCUUCAAUAUGCCGUUCCCCGCGUCCUGUUUGCCUGGGAAAACCCCAACGUUCCGGUCGACGAAGUCGUCAACGACUGCUUGCGCGCCUUUCACCACCCGGCCCUGCGCAACGAAAACGUCGAAAUCCAACGAGACAUGUUCCAGACAGUCCGCCUGUGGGCCGACCAGCACCCAAAGCGCCACGAGCUCGACCGCAUCCUCUCCUCCGAGUCAGUCAGGCAAGGAAAGAACCACACGCUCAACCAGAAGGGGAGCAAGAGCGGCGGCGGCCACUCCCACGGCGCCUUCGAGUCCCUAAGCCAGCUUGGCCACGGCAAGGUCGCCGGCUCUCUCUGGUCUCAGAUCAAGACGCGCGAUCUCGACUCCAUGUCUGGCAACGACGGCAAAGAAUCGGCCAACUACGUGCCCAACUCGCCGGCUCCGCAGAACAGCAAGAUGCCCACGCCGCCGUCCUACUCGUCCGCCCCGGCGACGGGCGAAGCGGCGUCCUACAUGAGCGAGAGCAGCGCUUUCCACGCGGGCCCGACGGGUGGCUACAGCGCGCCCCCUCCUCCGGGGCAGUACUACCAGGCCUACAACCAGGCUGCGCCCCAACCUGGAGGUCCCCAAUACGGCGGCGUUCCUCCCCAGGGGCAAUGGGCACAGUCUCCCCAGGGAUACGGCGGCCCAGGGUACGGCCCCCACGCGGGCCAGUAUCCUCCAUACCAAGGGCAGCAGUCCCCUCCCGGAUGGAACCAGUACCCAGGCCAGGGGCGGUACUGA